AUGGGUGCCGGUUGCUGUAAACCAGAGGCCAUCGACUUUGAUGGCGAGGUCACCUUGUUCCAUUUCUACUUGUUGCGAAGUGUCGGCAAGGGAGCGUUCGGCAAGGUUCGAGUCGUUCAGCAUAAGCAAUCUAAGACCCUGUAUGCGCUGAAAUACAUCAACAAGGCGAAAUGCGUCAAGAUGCGGGCUGUGGCAAACAUUGUGCAGGAGAGACGGCUGCUGGAGGAGAUUGAUCAUCCAUUUGUCGUCAACUUGCGAUACGCCUUCCAAGACGAUGAGAAUUGCUUUUUUGUCCUCGACCUCAUGCUUGGCGGUGAUCUGAGGUUCCAUCUUGAUCGUACAGGCUCCAUCUCAGAGGAGGUGGUUCGCUUUUACACUGCCGAGCUCGCACUUGCCAUCGACUAUCUCCACUCAAAGCGCAUUGUCCACCGUGAUCUCAAACCGGACAACGUCCUUCUCGAUGAACGAGGACACGCUCACAUUACCGAUUUCAACAUUGCCGUCCAUUUUUCAGAACGUCGCCUCUUAACAGGCGUUGCUGGGAGUAUGGCCUACAUGGCCCCUGAGGUCUUGACAAAACGGGGCUAUUGGGCGCCGGUGGAUCUGUGGUCAUUGGGCAUCCUCGCCUACGAGUUGCUGUUUGGCAAGCGGCCAUUCCGAGGCCGGACAAAUACGGCUUUGACAAACUCGAUCCUACACGAACCUUUGACAUGGCCAGAUGAUGCUCCGACCAAAUGCUCGUCCGAGUGCAUGCAUGCUAUACGAGGAUUACUCGAACGCGAUCCCAACAAAAGACUAGGAUACCGUGGCGGGUUGGAAUCCAUCAAAACGCAUCCUUGGUUCGCCGGUAUCGAUUGGGAAGCGUUGUACAAUAAGCAAGUGGUACCUCCCUUUGAACCAGACUCCAAAAAAGCAAACUUUGACGCUACCCAUGAGCUGGAAGAAUUGUUACUCGAGGAAAAUCCUCUCAAAGCACGCAAGCGUAAAGAGGGUCAGGAUGUCGAGCAGAUGAGCCCAGAGAUGCGCAUGAUGGAGGAACACUUCAAAGUGUUUGAUUUCUCCAAAGGUCAGCGCAAAUCGUACUAUGUGCAACCUCCCGCAGGACCACCACCCUCAGUAUUCCCAUCUCCCAGCCGGCCAGCGACUCCGAGUGAUCGGAUAGGCAUAGUCAGCCGAUCGGGCCUAGAUGUGGAGGGGCAGAUCGCAGACGGAGGUGGCAUUUCCAAGAUGAGGGAGAACGGGACCGUUUCCUCGUGA